AUGACGCUGCGACGCCAGGAGCCUCUGAAGCGCCCCGCGGCGAAGGCCGUGGCAAAAGCGAAGGCGAAGGCGGCUCCUGCACCGGGCCUGACCAGCAAGAGGUGUGUGACCAUCUUGCAGCGGGUCCAGAAGGCCGCGUCGAUGCCGAAGGAGGUGCUGCUGCAGCUGCGCCAGGCCUUGAAGUGCGCCAAGAGCGGCAAGAAGGGGGACCUCCCGAAAGCCACGGCGCUGCUUGGCGGCGUCAUGGCCAAGGCUGUGAGGGCCUUCGAGGAGGAGCUGGCAACCGCCCGGGAGAGCUUGGAGAAGGCCAAAGAGGAGCACCAAACCUUGGAGUCGCAGCAGGCCGACGCAGAGGCGCAGCUGAAGUCGGCCAAGAAGGCGAUUGUGGACUUCAAGGUGAAACUCAAGGACUCCCAGCGAUUCAUCUCAGAGGAGACCAAGGCACUCACCAAUGCUUCCGCAGAGCGCAAGAGCGCCUUGCAGGACGUGAAGCUGGCGGAGAAGGACUGCUGUCACUUGCAGCAGGUCCAGGAGAAGAGUUACAAGCCUCUGCGCGAGGCCGAGGUGUCAGCGCCAACCGCACCCUCGCGGAAGCAGAUCAACAGCCUCUGCAAGGCUGCAAAGAAGGUGGGCUUCCACCGCGAGCUGCUGAGCGUCGCCCCGGCGGUGCUGAAGAAGGAGCUCACGAAGCGCCAGACCUUCGACCAGUUGGUGCUGCGUGCCCUGGACGCCGAGUUCUCCAAGCGAUCCCAGGCGCUGCAGAGCAAGCUGGAGGAGAACCAGCAGAGCCUGGAGCAGCAGGACCAGGCGAUGGAGGAGAAACGCCAGGCGCUGGCGGCGGCCAAGGAUUCGGUGAAGCACACGGCGCGGAUGAUCGUAGAGGCGGAAGCGCAGGCGGAGUCCAGCAAGCGGUCGGUGCAGCUGGCGGUGAAGCAGGCGAAGAGAGUGCCGCAGAUGGUGAAGCAGCAGGCCCGGAAGUUCGAGGCGGUUCGGUCCAAGUACAACAAGUUCCGCGCGGGCCCUCUUGCGACCUAUCUGACCUACCGGCCCGGGAAGCAUGUGAAGCAUGAUAGUGACGAGGAAGCCACUCAAAGGGCGUGA